AUGGAGCAGCAACAAGUUGUGCAGGUGGCGUGGGUGAACGAGGGCCGUGCUGUGGGCGUCUCCCUCCCUUGUCCCGACAUUCGAAGCCUCAAGCAGGAGCUGGCCAAGCAGAUGGGCGUGGGCGGCAUCGACGUAACGUCCGAGACGGACAGGCCCCUCGACUACUACCUCAUCACCAACGAGCCCUGGUUCGUCCGCUCACCCAUCGAAGCCUCGGUCAUCAGCACCCAGACGGACGACGAAGGCCAAGAAGUGCGCCAGGAACCGGUCAAGGUGUGGCUGGCGUGUGGCUUUUCCUCCUACGAGAUUUUUGCGGCCCUGGGUCGGGGUGCGGGGUUGAGGACGGCGGGCAGGGAGCUGCGCACCGACAGCGGCGUCGUCAUACCCGAAGGCUCUUUCUCGAACAAGCCACUUCGGGGCAUGCCUAGCAAGAUUACGCUCCACCUCCAGCGCAAGCCCGACAUGAUCGACAUCACCAUCAUCACUCCGUCGGGGUUCGCACGGUCGGGCAAGCCCGCGACCAUUACGCUGGCGGUAAAGCGGAACACCACCAUCCACAACAUCAAGACGUGCAUCGUGACCAGCACCGGAGUUCCCCGCGACAACAUUCGGCUCUGCUUCCUGGGCACCGUGCUGGGAGUCACCGGCGACGAGACCGACCGCGAUGAGAAGGCCAAGGAGGCAAGGACGCUGGCCGAUUUCAGCGUCGAUGACGGCAGCAGCCUCAUCUGGAACCUCGCGGUCAAGGAGCCUCCGUCCAAAGGACCCCUACCACCCAACCCGCUGAUUCUCGUGCUGACCGCACCCAAGUGCUCUGUUGUGAAAGUGGUGGGGGUGGACCCCAACGCCACCGUCAGCGCUGUCGUUCUGUCGCGGUCUUACCGGGUGGCCUUGGGCGGGGAGUUGCUGGAUGAGAGCAAGACCUGGGCCGAGUACGCACUGGAGCAGGGAACGUGGAUUAGCCUCGUGCCCAGGCCCGGCGUGUGGUUCCAGAUCUUCUGCAAGACUCUGACCGGCAAAACGAUCACGCUUGAGGCGGGUCCAGCUCAUCCCAUCACAGAGGUCAAGGUGCUAGUCGAAGCCAAGGAGGGUAUUCCUGCUGACCAGCAGCGCCUGCUGUUUGCCGGGAAGCAGCUCGAAGACGGCACCUGUCUCGGCGACUAUGCCAUCGACCGCGAGUCCACCCUCCAACUUGUGCUUCGGCUGCGAGGAGGGGGGCUGACGGCGGGCAGCUUGUUCGUCGACAUGUCCAACACAAACGCGUUGGAGCGGCGGCAGUGGUCCUCGAAAGCCCCGCAGUGGCGCGUAGCGAUGCCGGGGCUGAGCGUGGAGGGCGUGUGCACCAACCGCGAGUGCGAGGCCUUCGACCGGUCUGUGAUCAUCAACAAGCACCACGGCACCUUCGACCUCCUGCUCGACGCCCACACGUGCCACUGCCCCUCUUGUGGGUCGUACGUGGAGCCGGCGACGUGCGCGUUCAACAACUGCUGGUGGAAGUGGAGCGGCAUCAAGAAGGGAGCCCGGGCUGGACAGCCGCCUCUCCAUAUGGUGUGGCUGCAUCUGAGCACAAACAACCGGGAGCAGGCCGACAACGCCUACCAUCGCUUCUCCGAGGACAAGGCCGGCACCGUCGAGUGGCUGCGCCUGCUCAUCCACACCAAGCGCAUCCAAGAAUGCGAGGAUUCGGCGGUGCCGAGAAAACCCUUCGAGAUGUUCUGCUGCAUCUGCAUCUGCGACAUCAAGGCGACGGAGGAGGUGAAGACGCUCGCGUGUGGCCAUGCCUUCCAUCCUCCGUGCCUCGACGAGUGGACGGCCCGCUCGCCCACCUGCCCCUACUGUCGCCGCGACCUCUGA